GAGAAGGGUCUGAAUGCAUGAGGUAGACUCAAAGUGAGACCUGGAUAGAUGAAGGAGGAAAAAGAGCGAUGCACAGGGGCAGACUGUCUCAAGCUCCAUAUGACUUCAGGAGGCGAGACAUGGAGAAUCAAGUCAUCUGCCUGAGGUCACACAGGUUGUAUGGUCCAGGCCCCGAUGAGGAGUCCAAACAUGGAGACUUUCAAGCAGCAAAAAGUGGAGGACUUCUAUGACAUCGGAGAGGAGCUGGGGAGCGGCCAGUUCGCCAUCGUGAAGAAAUGCCGGGAGAGGAGCACAGGGCUGGAGUACGCGGCCAAGUUCAUCAAGAAGAGGCAGAGCCGGGCCAGCCGUCGGGGCGUGUGCCGGGAGGAGAUCGAGCGGGAGGUGAGCAUCCUGCGGCAGGUGCUGCACCCCAACAUCAUCACGCUGCACGACGUCUAUGAGAACCGCACCGACGUGGUGCUCAUCCUUGAGCUAGUGUCCGGAGGAGAGCUGUUCGAUUUCCUGGCCCAGAAGGAGUCGUUAAGUGAGGAGGAAGCCACCAGCUUCAUUAAGCAGAUCCUGGACGGGGUGAACUACCUUCACACAAAGAAAAUUGCUCACUUUGAUCUCAAGCCAGAAAACAUUAUGUUGUUAGACAAGAAUAUUCCCAUUCCACACAUCAAGCUGAUUGACUUUGGCCUGGCUCACGAAAUAGAAGAUGGAGUUGAAUUUAAAAACAUUUUUGGGACACCGGAAUUUGUUGCUCCAGAAAUCGUGAACUAUGAGCCACUGGGACUGGAGGCCGACAUGUGGAGCAUCGGCGUCAUCACCUACAUCCUACUAAGUGGAGCGUCCCCCUUCCUGGGAGACACAAAGCAAGAAACACUGGCAAACAUCACCGCUGUGAGUUACGACUUUGAUGAGGAAUUCUUCAGCCAGACAAGCGACCUGGCCAAGGACUUCAUUCGGAAGCUUCUUGUGAAAGAGACCCGGAAACGGCUUACCAUCCAAGAAGCGCUCAGACAUCCCUGGAUCACGUCAAAAGGAGAAGCCAGAGCCCCCGAGCAGUGGAAGACACAGCCUGCCCAGCUCAAGACCAAACGCCUGAGAGAGUAUACCCUCAAAUGCCACUCAAGCAUGCCCCGCAACAACACUUAUGUCAAUUUUGAGCGUUUUGCCCAUGUGGUAGAGGAUGUGGCUCGGGUGGACAAGGGAUGCCGUGCCCUAGCAGGAGCUCAUGAUACCCUGCAGGAUGAUGUGGAGUCCUUGGUCUCAAUCUACAAUGAGAAGGAGGCCUGGUACCGGGAAAUGAACGAGAAUGCCCGCCAUAACCUGUCCCAACUCAAGUAUGAGUUCCGAAAAGUGGAAUCCCUGAAGAAGCUCCUGAGAGAAGACAUCCGGGCCACAGGGGCCAGCCUGGGAGGUGUGGCCAAGAAGCUAGACCACCUGCAGGUGCAGUUUGAGACUCUGAGGCAGGAGCUCUCAGCAGAUCUCCAGUGGAUGCAGGAACUUGUGGGCAGCUUCCAGCUGGAGAGUGGCAACACAGAUGGCCACAGCCUGGGCUCCAUGUUCCACGGGGACACCAGCGAGUCCCUGUCAGAGCUGCUCAACAGAUCACACAUGGAGGGACUCCUGGCUGGCGUGAAGCUCUGAACGCCAGGAUCUAGUGCGUUACCAAUGCUUUGUAGAAGUGGGAUGUCUUCCCCGCUCCUGGGGCGUCCAGCUGGGUAUAUCCUGCAGGAGUGUGUAUGUAGCCUUCCACUCUUUAGACUUCCCCAGCCACUGGGGUGCUAGUUAGCAACUUCCCCUGCACCUCCCUUACCAGCCUGGUUUUCUGAGAAGGCGCUGGCCAAGCAGCUAAGUUGAGGAAACAAUGAGAAAGUGUAUCCCCUCAGUGUGCUCUUCUCUGGGGGUGACUGCGGCCCCCAGGAGAUACUCCAUAAGUGGGUAAUGAUGAUGGAUGGGCUCACCUCUCACAUUCCAUCUGCAUGCCGUAUGCGUGAAGAUCUUGGGUAAUGAUUGACAUAACUAAGAAUAACUUGCCCAGCAGGGUACUUUCCUGCUACAGAGUCAGGGCUUUAAAAUACACAGAGAAAAUACUAGCUUUCUUCUGAAUUGUCUUCUGACUCAUCAAGUCUUUGUGCCUGUGACAUUGCUGGGUCCUUAAAGAACUCUGUGAGAUAAGGGCCUGGGCUGUAGCUCAGUUUCUAGAGUGCUUGCCUAGCUUCCACAGAGCCCUGGGCCUGAUGCCCGGCACAGCAGAAACUGGGCUGUGGAGCACACCUCUGUCCCUGGUACUUAGGAAGAGUCAGAAGGGUGGGGGCUCGGUUAAAGACCAGCCUGGGGUAUACAGGACCUGUCUCGGAUGGGGCUGGGCUCUGUGAGCUGAGAAGUGAAUGACAGUAUUACUAUUCACUUCCCUGUAACCAACGAAGAAAUUGAUAGAGGAGAAUGACACAGGAUCUUUCUUAGCCAGUUGCAAACCCAGGGUGCCCAUAUUUGAGGUGAGGUGGGUAGAAGAAGUUCAGUGAGGCUUAGUUGUAAGAUGUCCACCUCAGUAUUAAACUUCAGGUCCCAGAGGCUAAGGGUCCAACUCUACACUGAGGAUGAAGACAAGAGGCACAUAGCACGGAGGUAUUUACUCUUGUAUACUAGGCCAGUGCACACUGAGGUCGGGGAAAUCCCAGAGAGCACUGGGAAGCAUAAGGCUCAUUGGGCUCUUCUAGCUCCAAAGCUUUGAGCAGCAUGAGGAUUUUGUGAUGUCAUUUCCCUUUCCUAGGAGGAAGGCCAAUCAAUUCAUCCAUGCAGAUAGCACAUAGAGUAUAGUCUCUGGACCUCACAUGAUGCUAGAAGCUUGGGACUGGGGGCAAACUGUAUCGUUUUAAGUACCUCACAAAACAUCCAUCAGAUAUUUGUAUUAAAUAUUAUUCCCAGGUUAGAGAGAAAGUGAAGUAAGUAUGUGAUGUCACCUGUGUCACAUUGGAGCCUUCUGGUGGGUCUGCCGCUCUUUCUGAUUCCCCUAACUGCUUGGACUUUAGGAACUUACUCUCUGCUUGAGGAGGCGGGUGGUACCCAAGUUCAUCCAUUCAUUCAGAUGUUAGGUAGCAGGCACCUGCCAGUUUCCAAACAGUUGACUUGAGCCUAGGGAUGCGGUGUUAAGUAAUAUUAAGCCGGGUUUCUGAUUCCUCUGAGUUCUCAGUUGAGCGACAGAUUCCAGCAUUAAUCAAGAGUUCUACAACUCUAGAACUCCAGCUGGUUCCUAAGCUAUGAAAGAGAACUAGGCGGUACUGUAAGGCCUGCAGAGAAAGAGGGAGAGAGACAGAGGGAGAAAAUGAAGGAGGGAGGGAGAGAGGGAGGAGGAAACCGUGUGUGGAGGACACUGGGGCUGUGGGCAGCUAAGCAUAUCAGGGAGAGAGGUUUCCCCCAUGGCACCAUCAAGCAGCGUUCUAUGAUGAGAGGGGAAUGGUAGGAAAACUAAGGGAGAGAGACUGGGAGUGUGUAUAGUGUAGAGGGGACAGAGGAAGAACGGAAGCAGCGGGGCUUUGGCGUGUUGAGGAGUUCUGCCUUUAUUCACAGGAUCACCAGAAGCCACUAAUUGGUUCUGUGCUGGUGUUGAAAGAGAAAUUCUCAGCAGGCAGCACAGACUAGAUUUUAACCUAAUAAAGUCAAUCUUUAGAAUCCCAUCCUUUUCUUAAUUAGCAAGCUGGGUCAUUUAGAGUAUCACAUAUAAUAACUGUAAUGGGAAUAAUAAUAACUAUUUUAACCAAAUAUUUAAAAAAAACCCACAAUCUUAUGAUGCAUGACUAUUUUAUGGACAAUUAAGAAAGGAAAAUAUCCGUGAUAGGCAGUCUCUUGGGAGAUAGCACGCAGUGAGAGGGUGAAGGAGAGACAGUGCCACCGCGCAGAAGAGAGAGCGGAAAACACCUGGCUCAACUCCGACCCUAGGCCGAGAUGAAACACUCGGAGCAGGAGGCCUGGCUACAUGUGCAGCUGUGCUCUUUGGGUUCGGACUACAUCAGCGUGAGUCGGAAGAAACUCAAGCAGGGACUGCCACGCCCCACAGUCAGACCCCACCUGUUUCACCAAAGCUGUAUAGUCUUCCAGAUGACCUGCCUCACCCCAGGCCCGCAUCCAGUAAUGAGAUGCCACAUUGAUUGGGAGAUACCGCUGGUGUCCGAGGUCUCACAUCACACAUCCUGGAAUCAAGGAAAGACCGCAGAACCCUGUGCCUUACCCUAAAGACAAACGGCUCUACAACUGUGUCAAAGUCCUGUGUUCCCUGUCACACAGCGAUGUCACAUACUUGUUCAGUACAAGACACUACAAGUAUUAAAGGUCCUUUUGGUUGCACCAGCAGACCUGGACCAUCAAACGCCAGGUUUCCUAAGAAGAUGAACGCUGUGCAUGCAAAGGUGCCGGAGGAUGAACAUUCUUUGAAGGCCAAAGUAAAUGCAAGAUUUGAGUGAUGGUGAUGGUUUGAUAUGGGAGGAUGGGAAAGGGCGGGAGAGCUGAUUGGCUUGAGUCUGUGGAAUCAGCUACUCUGUUCAUGCUGAGGAUGCUCUCCCUGUAGAGCAGUUUUUGGGGCUUAUCCAAGCUCACGUAGCUGGUCAGCCUCUCUGCGGCCUCAGUGCUCUAAGUGGUUUCCUUCCCCGUAGUGAAAACGUCCUCUGUGUUCCUGGCCAGUCCCCUAGAUGUUUUAUAACGAGACUCUUAACUGGACAAAGACAAAGUGAGCUGAGGAAAGCACCCCAAGACUUUCAAGAAGCUUAGAAAAGACUGUGUGAGCCUCCUCUGUUACCCGCCACACAGACUCCCUUCCACUAAGGUAUCCCCAACCUGACCUUAGGGGUGUCAGAGGAGGCCGGUGAAUUGAAUGCGGCCAGUGGACCUGUUUGCUCCUUACAGGCUCAUGGCUGGGGUUUUAUUUGUUGGGGGGCGGGGAGUGUGUUGGGUUUCGUUUCUUUGUUUUGAGACAGAGUUUCUCUUUGUAGCCUGGGCUGUCCUAGAACUCACUCUGUAGAUCAGGAUGACCUCUAAUUUAGAGAUCUACCUGCCUCUUCGUCCAGAGUGCUGGGAUUAAAGGUGUGUGCCGCCAUGCCCAGCUCCUUUACCUUGUUUUUUGAGAUAGGGUCUCUCAUUGGGACCUCUUAGAACAGGCUGGCUGGCCACUGAGCCCCAGGGAUCAGUUUCUUUCGGCCUCCAAAGCACCAGGAAUACAAGUACACACCUGGCUUUUUACAUAGGGAUCAGAUGCAGGUCCUCUAGCUUAUGCAAUAAGCGCUUUGCUGAGCAGGGCAUCUCCCCAAUCCUCAUGGAGGAUUUUUAAUUUACCAGAUUAUAAAUUAAAGAUUGGCUUCAUGCUCAGUUCAGACACCAUCUAGGUUGUCACGAGGUUAGGGAGAGUGAGUAACAUAUGUCCCAAAAGCAUGCCAAGGAGGCUGGGAGGUGGGUCCUCGGGCAGGCGGCUAUCCUAUCCUGUGGCAGAUACAACUAUGUCUGCCUGGGUAUGUCAGGAAGGGCAGCCAUACUUGGUAGUGAAUGGUUUUGCAGACUCUGAAGGCUGAUAAGAAAGGGUUGGAGCAGAGCAGAGCAGAGCAGAGUGAUCGUGGCAGGAAGAACCAGAGAUUCCUCCCCAGCUUCUCCUUCUGCAGGUCGCAACGACAACGGUAGCUUUCCUCCUCACAGCCCACUUAGAGGUGGCUUUUCCCAGAUAUCACCCCCUUCUAGAAAUGUCUGUGAAAUAAAUGGCUUUUCUCCUUUGUGAAAUUCUUGCUUGUGGAGAAGGUUGUUGGCCCUGGAGAGAGAACUAUCAGUGGGCACACGGGAGAGGUCAGUUCAGUUGAACAAACACCCAUUGUGCUCUGAUUCCAGUGGGAGGUGAUAGAUAGAUAAGGACUUGGCCACCCUUGAAUAAGAGCUGCAGUAAACUUAUCAUGGUUGACAGGGAGAGAGAUUUUCUUUAGUGAUGGAACCACUAAGCCCAUCGAGGUUCCUGUAAACAACCCUCGUGAAGCUCAUCGGGACACAGACACACACGUGAGAGGCACUAGUUAGAAAGAGAAUGAGAAUUAGAGAGUGGAGGAGUGAUGAAAAAGAUUAAUGGGGCGUAUGUGUGUGUGUAUGAAUCUGAUUGAAAUACAUUAUGUACAUGUAUGAAAAUGUCAUAGUUAAACCAAAUAUAAUAUGUGCUAAUAACAUUUUAAAAAUUACCUCAAAGUGGAAAAAAAAAAUCAGUAUCAGGCUGACAGGAGCCAGUCAACUGGGAGAUGGGAAAGGCUUGGUCAGCAGUCAGUUAGAGCAGUAG